CCGGCUCAGUCGGGUGACCAUGUGACAUUUGAUCUCGAGCCCCAAGAGAUCACUUAAAAAAAAGAAAAGAAAAGAAAAAAACCCAGGUGUGUGCACAGUGCCUAUGCAUGUGUGCCAAGUUGGGUCUUUUAUGUGCGUAUCAGCACGCACGGCACAUUCUGUUACAGCCUUCAAGUUCCUUUUAAAGCAUUGCACGUUGCAGGCUCUGGUGUGGGCUAAGCCGUGCGUGCGUGCGUGUGUGUGAAGCGUUUCUGCGUAGAGCUGGUCGCAAUUCUCAAGUGCUCCCCCCUUUCUGGGCCGGCUUGGUAUGGUCUGCGAGCCCCUCUGCACUUCCUCCGACGGUGGUUGCAUCCACCCGCCUCACCCGGAAGUGCUUGCGCGCACGCGGGUCAGGCUUAGCGCCCGGCCAUGGAGCGGUCCGGCGGUCGGACCUGCAGUGGCCGUGGCCUGCCGCCCGCCGAGUCGGCCCCCGCCUCGGUGACCCUGUCGCAGCUUAUGCAGCUGGUCCAGGAGGGCCGGGAGCUCCCGGGCCUGGAGAAGCGCCACAUCACGGUGACCCCCGGCGAACCCACGGCGUCCCGGCUCCCGCGGAGGCCCAAGCCCUGGGAGGCCUCGGGGUCGGCCGAGGUCCCCGCGCCGCCGCCGUAGCUCCGGGAACCCAGAUCCCGCCGACCUCGGAUCCUGGUAGAACAGCCUGGAGGGGCCCGGCUCGGUGGAGUCAGCGACUGCGCCUUCUGGACGGCACGUAGUGGGUUCCUGAGGCUCGAAGGCCUUUGCUUCUUAGAACGGGAGAAAGUGAUUCGGUCCUGCAUAAAACUCGGAUCUUGGAUGCUGGCCACGGUUAUUCAUCUGUUGUGCGUUCGCCUCGACCUGCCUCAGCUGAACUUAAGCCUCCUGGGAGCAUCAUCGGAGUUGUCUUGUAUCUGAGUAUUUCUGGACCAUGAUCCUCAUUAUUUUUAAAACAAUAAGUUUAAGCCCUUACAGAUAAUUGAAACAGAUCUCAUACUUUUUACUGUGUGCGAUGCAUAGAUGUAAAGUUUUCAUUUUGAAAAUGCUAGUGAGGACACACUAACGGGGUCUGACUCAGAACAAAUUCGUUAGUAAUGUAGGAGAACGUCAGUUUUAUCUUCCAGUUCAGAUCAUUCUUGUGGGUUGUGUAAAUGAACUCGGGAUUCAAGAGGUGAUGAUCUUAGCCAUUCUCCAGGUCAGCACCUAAUAAAAGCUUUGAUGAUGAAACUUGG